AUGGCGACAACUGUGCAAUCAAAUCCUAGAAACAAUAUCUCAGGAGAGAAAGCUUAUUUCUCACCUAAUACAUCUCUGAAAUUUGUUGAUAAUCGAAUAAAUGUUAAUGAAAGUUUAUACUAUAUUCUUAGUGCUCAAGGAAGUCAACAACAAGCAGUAACAUCAAUACGUCGUGAAGGUAUAGGUAUUGUACAUUUACAUCGUUCAGAAAAUUAUGAAGGUUUUGGUUUUCAUUUACAAUAUAAUAAAAGUUAUUUUCUUGUUCGAAAAAUUGAAGAUGAUAGUCCAGCUGCUGAUGGUGGUCUCUAUGUAGAUGAUAUUAUACUUUCAAUAAAUCAACAAUCAACAGAAAACAUGCCUUACGGUACAUUUGCUAAAUUAGUUGAUGAAAGUUCACGUCUUGAUUUGAUUGUUCAAUCUCGGGAAGAAUAUUUAUAUUCGAUGAUACAUCGACCAAAAGAGAACAGACAAUCGAUACCAACAAUUCCAAUUCCAAUUCCAAUAAGUAAUAAAAAAAUCAAAAAGAAACGUCGAAUAUCUCUUUCGAAGAUACUGAAAAAAAUAACAAAUCGUUGA